AUAUAUAUAUAUAUAUAUAUAUAUAUAUAUAUAUAUAUAUAUAUAUAUAUAUAUAUAUAUAUAUAUAUAUAUAUAUAUAUAUAUAUAUAUAUAUAUAUAUAUAUAUAUAUAUAUAUAUAUAUAUAUAUAUAUAAGAAGAAUGUGGUUAUAAGAUACGUGGAACACACACCUACUUUUUUUUUUUUUUUUUUUUCGUGGGCAAAUUGACCUAUUUCACGGCGACCACCUCUGCCCUUGACAUCCGACCGUUCGUUUGCGGGGGUCUGAAGGUGCUGAAUGUCGAAUUGUACUAUGCUGCUCGUCGCACACACACACACACACACACACACGCACACACACAAACUGCCUAAAGAAUAAACCGUUUAUUAUUAUUUUAUUAUUAUUUUAUUAUUAUCACACUCACACACACACACACACACACACACACACACACACACACACACACACACACACACGUCGUCUUGCAGUGAAAAGUAAAGCCAGUGAUGUAAUGAAGACUUUCCCACAAUGACUCAUUUUUAUCUAAUUCUUUCUGCAUUCUGAAAAAUAAUAAUAGAUCAAUGUGAAAGAUGACGAAAAAGUCUAAAAGUGCAAUGUAAAGUACUUAAAUCCAAGACGAGGAACAUAAUUAUGCAAUGCGUGAAUGAAUGAAGUAAUAGUGAUGAUAGUUAUUGUUACUUACCAUUAUUAUUAUUAUUAUUAUUAUUAUUAUUAUUAUUAUUAUUAUUAUUAUUAUUAUAACGACAAAUGUAUAAUGUUAAAUCACAUGUCAUCUUAUAAACAAAAGUCGGGAUGAGAUGCGGCAGUCUCCUCCUUCGAUAAGGGACUCACGCUGGCUGGCAGUGACCCCCAUGUUGCCUUGCGUCCACUGGCGUGAGGCAGCACCGUGCGGCCGGCAGCACUGCAUCACUAUGUUCACCUGUCUUACUGCUACACUGCACGCAGAACCUUGCCCAAAGUUAUAAAUAUGGCAGAAUGUGAGAAAAUACUAAUUGUAACUCACUUUGUCACUUUAAUCAUUCUCUUUUUUUAAGGGGGAUGGUGGGUAAGAGAGAGAGAGAGAGCUUUGUAAAUGGCGUGCAGAUGAGGACACACACACACACACACACACACACACACACACACACACACACACACACACACACACACACUGCAGCAGCCAAUCAUUCAAAAUAUCGUGGUGUUGCAUCACAAAAUGAAUGAUCCUAACCACGCCACGACUCGUCAUGCCAAGACUGCGAGGAGCCGGGAGCCGCAGCCCCGGAGGCAAGAAGUCGGCGUCCCUCACCAGCCAACCCUCGCCGCCGCCGGGAGGUGGUGUCGUUAGUGCGCAGCGAGGCCAGCAAACAGUGUCGUGUUGGCCGACGAGCCCCGUGAUUGUUUGAUGUGAACGUUUUCGUUUCACCAACAAGCUUCGCCUGGCUGAAGAAGGAUGUUUUCUCAAAGGUCUCGACAGACACUCUGCCAUACGACCGUCGCAGCGGACGAGUCGUGCACUUAAUCAUUAAGACAUUUAUUGAUAAGUUGUUAGUUUGUCAGAUGAUUCGUGAUUCUGAUUCCUUUACGUCUGUUCUUCACUGCUCCCCUGGAAGAGAGCCUGUCACCCGCUGUGUCCUUGCUCGGGGCCGACGGAGCGCGCGGGUGGUGGAGCCUGGGCCGAGGGGCUCAGGGCGCUGCGGGACACGGUUUCGCUCCACUGGUCGGUGUUUGUACAUAAUAGUUUAUUCCUAUGUACAUACAUUUUUUAUGUCGUAGGUCAGCUAGGAACCAGAGCCUUGAAGCAGUCGGAAUAUUUGUUAGUUUUAUAUUUAGUACCGACUGGUUUGUACGGUCAUUAUCACGACAGACGUGUGAUUCUCUUAGUGUCUGGUUCAUGCUGAGGCCGCGCCGCGUGCCGGGCCGUCCGUCCGGCGUGAUCAGGCGGCCUCUUUCCCUCGGUGGCGUGUAUGAUACAGAAACAGAGUUGGCCCGUAUACCACACCAAAUGUAAUUAAAUGCCCGCGCUAUUCAAGUUAGACCGAAAAAAAAUGUUAUAUAUAUAUAUGAAUAUGUAUCUGUACAAUAAAGUAGUUUUCACAAUCCAGAAGUGAGACCGGGUCGAGUUUGCUAUCGUUCGCUUAUUACUUUUUAUUACGUACAUACAGUAGACGCGAAUAUUGAUUUACUCCACCCCCUUUUUAUUUCCAAAUCCACCUUGAAGACUGGACACGAAGCAUGGUUGUGUACGUGAGUUGUGAGUUGUGACGUGUAGAGGCAGUGUAUGUUAUAUUUUCUAGGUUUAGCUCCCUUUCCUUCCUGUUUCAUUGGAGUGCCCUGGGUUUUCAUUGGAUUCGCGUCAAGCGGGUAUCGGCGCGCCGCUCUAAACUUCCAGUGAUCCUUUGUAAUUACUUAUUAAAUAUCAUGAAAUGUAAAAAUUUUAACAAAUAUGCGCAUUUUGUAAAUUCAAACAGACCCAACUUAGUUACCAGUGGAGUAUUUCUUUUUUUUUUCAUCGUGAUGUUGUGUCUUUGAUGUGUAUCACUGGAAUAGUUUUGAAUUUCGUAUCAGUGGUUGUAUAACAUUUGAUCUUCAAAAAUUAUAGCCACGGAAGCUGAUCAUGCGUGUUGUGAACAUUGGUUAGACACACACUUCAACACUUCACAAAGAUAUGUUUUCAAAAGCAAGACCGAAGAAAAUAUCUCAUUUCACAACCUUCGCAUGCACCCUCACACACACACACACACACACACACACACACACACACACACACACACACACACACACACACACACACACACACACACACACACACACACUUGUCCUGCUCGACACAUAAUCACCUUUAUGCGAAAUCUGAAUAUUGCUUCUUCUUUCCAAGCUUGUGAAGAGGCCGUUGGUUGCAACACUCAGGGGAAGGCGGGAACGGUGGACGCGAGUCUGGGUAGAGGGUUGUGCUUCACCUUGCUGUGCGCAAGCUUGAAAAAUGUAAAAUGUUAAAUAAUCUUAAUAAUCUUGCCUUUCUAUUUUUCUACAAUUUCAUAUAUAUAAAUAUGGUUUCUUCUGCUGUUCUUCAAAGAACGCUUAAACUGCACCACUAUCUCAAAAGAUUAGAGAAGAUAUUUAUAACAGUUAGUGCAAAUUUACCAAAACAGGCUACUUGAAGACUGCCCCAGAGGGCUCUCCUGCACGGAAGCCCGGGAGGACCAGGAAGUGUGAUCAACAUUAUGAUAAUCAUGUAGGAGAGAAGCUCGUUGUUAGUAUUAUAUGGGAGUUUAUAUUAUCCUGAAACCAAGCUGUGGAAUACUUGUGUAGUCCAUCUAGCCCUGGAAGGCUUAAGAUUUUAAAUUAGAUGAACAUAUUAGUCUAGUUUCUUACUCUACAGAGCUUGUACGUUAGUUCCUCUGUGCUGUUUGUAUUUUUGAGUUCCAUGGAGAAUAUUAUAUUCCUUGUUGUAUAUAGUGUAUAGUAGUUAAUGUCGUCAAGUACCAAAAUGAAGAGGUACCUUCUCUGUGAGAUUUGAAGCGUUGUGUUGUAGGGCUCAUAUGGAGAUUUUAUAUUUUCUGUACUUAAUUUAAGUUAUCCGUAAGCUAAGCGUGGCGUCAUUUUGGUUUGCAAUGUGAGGAAGUGCACUAUUGGCUUUUUUUCGAAAUGCUGAAUAUAAAUCUGAAUAAGUGAUUUUUUUUUUCCUGUGAGCGAGGUAGGAAUGUGACAGGUGGUCGAGACAGGGUAGACGAGUGUCGCCUUCUGCGGCAGCGGCUGCGGCCCCGGCGGCUCCGGAAGGCUGGAUGGCGGCUGCGGCAGACGGCCACAGGUGUCCCGGGGCAGGCGCACCCCGUCUGGCUGAUAUACAAAAUAGUUGAAUAUAUAUAUAGACACGUGUAUAUAUAAUGACAUGGGGAAAUUUUCAUUGCCAGCGUUGCCAAUGAUCUCUAUUGUACUUUUUAUUUGUUGUGUUGCAGAGCGCAAAGAUUUAUCUGUUACCUCUCACCUUUCAUUAGUUAGCUUGAGAAAGGACCGCGGCCUGUAGGGUGUGAUAGGAGAGAAUGGGGGGAGGAAAGCAUGGAGGUGACGGAGACGCCACGCGCUGGAUACUCAACGGUGGUAGUGGUCCACGCGGAGACACUGCAACCACCUCCACCGCCACCGCCACCGGGCCCCGCGCCGCUCACCACAGACCAACACCAGCGCCACGUUUGCCACUCGCCCGUGAACAACUGGUAUACUCAUUCUGCACAGUAUCGUUGGUAUAAGCUGGCGUUGCAUCUCGAAUUGACGGAAUCACUCAGUCAUACGUACAUGCCUGUGAAUGUACCUGUUGCUAAAUUGAACCUUCACACCGAGAGUUGUUGAGAGAGGACCGCGGACAGUGUGUUCGAGGAGUGUAGCUUUCGAUGUUGUCAUCUGUUGACUGUAUGCAGCCAAAACAAUAAAAAUGUAUGAAGCAGAA